AUGCCGUUCCUCCUCGCCUUCCCCCAAGAUGCUUCGCCUCGCCUGAGGGGACUGCAGAUGUGCCAGCUGGGCGUUGUUAGCCUGACAACCGUGUAUGUCUUCCUCGCAGCCGUCAUACCGAGCACGCACAAGGCAUUCACGUUCUCGCUGCUCUACGGCUUGAUCUUCACAAGCAUCACGACCUCCAUCCUUAUCAACAAGGAGCAGAAGGCUGCGGCACAGGGUAUCUUGACCAAGGACAAGUACAUGAAGUACCAGUUCUGGAAGAUCACUGCUGGCUUCGUCAUGUACUUCUUCGCCUUCGUCGGUUUCGCCCUUACUCCUCAUGGCAAUGAGAAGCUGGGCAGGAACGAGAACGGGCUCGUGAUGAAUGGCGUGAAGGUCAACAACUUUCAAUCCAUCAUCCUUUGGACCAACACCUUUAACUGGAUCUUCAUGUGGUCUACUUUGUUCUACUCGUGCUGCAUGACCAGACGCGAGACUGGCCAAAUCCGUCUUGAGGGCGAGGAGGCCAACAUUGCGCUUGGUCAAGACACCACCGGCGACGAGGAGUAUGCUAGGCGUGUCCAGGCUGAGGAUCCCAACUGGCAGGCUUAG